AUGCUCAACCGGGCUAACCCGUACCCCAGGAAGAAGGUGGCCAUUGUGGGUGGCGGCUGCACUGGGAUUGCGGCGUUAUGGGCGCUCAACCGCAGCCCCCACGAUGUCUACAUCUACGAGGCCGCUGACCGGCUGGGUGGCCAUGCCAACACGGUUGAAUUUGUCAAGGGGAAGUACAAGACCUUGGUCGACGCGGGCUUCAUCAUCGUGAACUCGGAGACCUACCCGAACUUCAUCAACUUCCUCAAGCAUAUCGGCGUGGAUACGGCUCCCGUCAACAUGACCUUCUCCGUUUCGCGGGACCAGGGUCGUUUUGAGUGGGCCGGCUCGAGCCUGGAUGCUCUUUUCUGCCAGCGGACGAACUUGCUCUCGCCCAAGAUGUGGCGUAUGAUCUUCGACAUGGUCCGCUUCAACCACUUUGCUAUCGACGUCUUGAGAGCGGCUUCGCCGCCUGAUGAGACGGUAGGGGAGUACCUGGAGCGGGAGGGCUAUUCGAACGCCUUCCGCGAUGACUACCUGCUCCCGAUGGCGGCGUCCAUCUGGACCAUAAGCCCGGACAAGUGCGCGCUCGACUUCCCAGUCGUGACUAUGGUGCGCCUCCUGUGGAACCACCAUCUGCUCUCAACCACGUCCUUCGCUUCGAAACCAGCCUGGCUCACCUUCGCAACGGGGUCGCGGACGUACAUCAACAAGGUCAUGAGUGGCUUCCCGCCCAAUCACGUGCGGCUCAACACUGCCGUGUCGAAGCUCACCAACGAGCCCGAUGGACGGGUGCGCCUGCACACCGCUGACGGCUCCUCCGAGGUGUUCGACCACGUCAUCUUGGCCACCCACGGCGACCAGGCAUACUCGAUCGUUCGCGACUCGGCCACCGAGCAGGAGCGAGCCAUCCUGCAGAACUUCCGGACCGCGCCCAACGUGGCGGUGCUCCACUCGGACGCCUCGCUGAUGCCGGAGAACCGGAAGGCCUGGUCGAGCUGGAACUACCUGACGAGGUCGUCGCCGCUGACAGGCCGGGGCCACGUCGACCAGGUUUGUGUCACGUACGACAUGAACACCGUGCAGCAGAUCCCUUACAGGGCAUUCGGCGACGUCUUCCUGACGCUCAACCCGCUGCACGAGCCGGAUCCCAAGACGGUGCAGGGACGGUACACGUACCGACACCCCCUGUACACCCCGGCGACCAUCCGCGCCCAGCAGCAGCUGGACAGCAUCCAGAACAAGAGGGGCAUCAGCUACGCGGGUGCAUGGACCGGCUACGGCUUCCACGAGGACGGAUUCAACAGCGGGGUUCGUGUGGCGGUGGAGCACCUCGGCGGCAAGAUCCCGUUCGAGUACAGGGACUUGGCCUCCAUCCGCGGCGAGCGACCUGCGUUGACCGUGACUGGCAGAAUCGUCAGGUUCAUUGUUCUUCUUGUCCAGCUUUUUUUUCUUGCUGUUUUGGACAGGCUGGUGGACAGGGUUGAGGGACUGGCCGCCAAGUCCACCACCCGGCGGCUCGCGAUGAGGGUUAAGGGCCCUGCUGCCAUGAAGCAUGAGAAGAAGCAUUAA